AUGGCCCCAGGAAUUGCAGUAGCUGCUACCCCACAAGUUACUCAACCUGACGCUGCUCCUCAAGUUAUUCAACCGAUUGUUGUACCUGACAAUGUGUCCGCUACUCCGCUUAAUAAUGCUGAAAACAUCUAUUAUUUGGAGCAAUUUACCAGUGGUAAAGCCAACAGGAUAGUAUCCGGAUUCGCUCACCUGGAUGCUGAUGUAGGAUACCCUGCUGCUAUGAAAGAACUCAGAGCAAGAUUUGGUGAUCCUGAAGUAAUAGCUAAUGCCUAUGUAAAAAAGGUAUUAUCCUGGCCUCAAGUGCGGGCUGAUGAUCCCCAUGCGUUAGACGAAUUAUCCAUUCUGCUCAUCGAAUGUGAAACUGCAACACAAAGCAUUGGAAGAUUCGGGGUAUUGGAGUUUGCAGAGAACCUCAAGAUAAUCAUCAGCAAACUACUUUAUAGUCUGCAGGAGAGAUGGGAACUGUGGUUUUCAACAUGA